CCUCGCGAGAGGGGACUCGCUUGCUUAUUGUCAUACAUAAUUUUCCGGCGAGGAAAGUCUUGAGGAAACUUCCUGUCCCGUGACGUGGCGGCAUGCCACGUCUGGCGACAUCUGUUCCACUGACACGACCGUCCAGAAUUAAGCGAAUGCGUGUUUCAAACGACGAAUGUAGCGGCCUAAGGCAUUAUAAGCCAACUGACGCUCGUACUAUACCCAUUGACUUUGUGUAACCGUGGCUUGCAUACGUGGCAACUGGCAUUACAGCUGGCAAUACAGCUGGCACGCGUAAGAAAUGUGAUCAUUCAGCUUCCAAAAUGCUUUACGACUCGUGCGAGGACAUUUUGCAGUCACCAAAAUUCUUUGAGCCCCGGGAGUGUCGCUUCGUCGAGGUUUGGAAACUGAAGGACGAGCAAAUCGAGUUCCGGAAUGGGCGGCUUGAACCCAAUCGGGUACAAAAGUGGGCCGAAUGGAAGCUAGAGGAAUUUGAGCGCCCAGAGGCUGCCGUCUCUGAACUACGGUUCCUUAUCGGGAGCCCCGUUGGCGAUCAGGAUUCUGGAGAUAUGUUUCCUUUUCCAUUCUGCUCCGCAGCGCUCUCCGGUAUAAUCAAAGAGUUUGGCCUUCCUUCCGCAUUUCUACGGUCCUGUGUAAGCGAUGACGUCGGUUUUUGGACAAUUCGCGACAAGUGGGAGUCAGAGAAAACCAUUUCAUGGGUGAUGCGACAAUGGCUUCAUGCCGGAGCUAUAUCUUUUUCCGUCCCAAGCCGAACGGUUUUAGGAGUAUUACUCAUGGCGGAUGAAGAGGCAGAGUCAUUGAUCGAAGAGUUGAAGAAAACCCAAUCACACAUAACACAUCCACUGCUCGCACCCAUGUUGAUGGCGGAAAGCGACAUGAAAGCCACCAAGCUUUGGGUGUCAGAUGUUGAUGCAAGAAUGCAGGGGUUCAAACAACUGACAGCUGAGAGCGAAACACCUCAAAUGGAAGAGUUCAAAGAAGCCAAAAACGCCAUGGACGAUGCGCUCGAUAUCAUCUUGGGGUGCGAAAGGCUGAAAGACACUUUUAUGGAACCUCUGCAGCAUGCGAUCCGAAACCUGGAUAGCUUAUUCUCUUCACAACAUGUUGUUGCGCUGGCAAUCAAAAACGAAAUCAGACCUCACGCCAUCGACCUCGAAGACCGUUUGGAGGUUUUACUGCAAUCCAGAGCUCAGACUUCAAAUAGGGCUGCGGUGUUGCUGAAGACGGCUGAAUUCCCGAUAUAUGUAUCUACUCUUUUCACCAUCAUGGAUCAAAGGGACAGCAAAGCAAAAAUAUAUGAAGCGAAAGAAUCAGAGCCAGAAGCAAAACAAGACACAGUACCGGAGACAGCGCCCGAGACAGCGCCCGAGACAGCGCCCGAGACAACACCCGGAACUGCAUCGGGAACAGCACCCGGAACAGCACCCGAAACACCAUUAGAAACCGAGGCAGAAAUGGAGCCAGAGAACAAGUUCAGACUGCAAAUGGAGCGGCUUGUAGAGCGUCUUGAAAGCGCUGGGCUAACAAACAGUUGUUACAUGAAGACAGCUGCGAUCAUUGCAACCGUGGUCCUCCCUGGGUUGCUCAUGGCAACUGGCCUCCGCUCCAGUCCAUUUAGGCUAUGGGCUUGAUUAUUCUUUUGGCGACGUUGAUACUACUACUUGUAUUAUAUUAUUGUUUUCCUC